AUGUCUCCAACCGACAUGAAAGAUCAAACCAUCGAGAAAUGCGAAAGCGUUCAGGAUGCAACCACAGAAGAUGUACCACUACAGACAAUUCUUUCGCCGUCAGGCAAAGUACUUGUUCUUGGCGAAGCGGCCGACGAGGCUAUGGAAUUUGCCAAACAUCAUGAACAUAUCGAAUUGUCUGCAGAAGAAGAUCGUAAAGUUAAGAGAAAGAUUGAUAUGAUCGUUAUGCCGUUAUUCUCUUUCUUGUACAUGAUCCAAUUUAUGGAUAAGACAUGUAUCAGUUUUGCUGCUGUCAUGGGUAUUCAAACCGAUUACAAGAUGGUUGACACCAUGUAUUCAUGGACGACAUCAUGUUUCUACUUGGGAUAUCUUUUCGCUUCACCAUUCGCUGCUGUUGCAUUGCAAAAACUUCCCAGUAUGAGAACUUCAGCCAUCUGUAUAGUGAUCUGGGGUGUCAUCCAAUGUCUACAUGUGACUGCUAAAUCGUAUGCUACUUUCACCUUGUUAAGAACGCUACUUGGUGUCCUAGAAGCGUUUGUAUCACCAAUAUUUGUCAUUAUGAUGAACCAAUAUUACAAGAAAUCUGAGCAUUUUGGUUAUAUCGGUGUAUUAUAUGGUUGCAACGGUCUUGGUACCGUGAUACUUGCCUGUAUCUCAUACGGUUUGUAUCACAAUUUGGGAUCGUACACAAUGGAGGCUUACAAGGUCCUCUUCAUAAUCGUUGGUUGUUUGACCAUCUUUAACGGCUUGCUAAUCUUGUUCAUCAUGCCAAAUACUCCAGCCGAUGCCAGAUUUUUAAAUGACAGAGAGAAAUUGGCUGUAUUGGAAAGAAUCAGAGGCAACAACCAGGGUUUCGGUUCCAAGACAUUUAAAUGGCACCAAAUGAAAGAAUGUUUCAUGGACAUGAGAACUUGGUUGUACUUCCUAAUUGGGAUCAGUGUUGCGAUUCCAAACGGAGGUAUCAGUUCUUUCGGUUCCAUUAUCUUGAAGGGGUUCGGUUAUUCCACUGAAAAAUCGUUACUAAUGAAGGCCCCAAUCGGUGCCUGUGAAUUGGUUGGACUUGUCAUUCUACCCUUGAUCUCUUACUUCAUCAGUAAGAGAAUGAUCAUAGCCGUAUUCUAUUUGCUGGUUUGUGUCAUGUCUACUUGUCUACUUGCAUUUUCUAAGAACAAAAACGUUGCCUUAGCCGGUUACUAUAUCACCGGUAUUGCACCAGUAGGGAUCAUCACUAUUACAUCCUGCGUGGCUUCCAACACUGCAGGUCAUACCAAGAAACUUACUGCAAACGCUAUCUCUCUAAUCGGAUACUCUGCUGGUAACAUUGUCGGACCUCAAACUUUCAGAUCCUCAGACGCUCCAAAUUACCCUAAGGCCAAGGCUGCCGUUGUCGGUUGUUACUGCGCUUCCAUUGCACUAAUGGGACUAAUGUCAUUUUUGAACGUCAGAGAAAACAGAAGGAGGGACAAAAUGCAAGAAGAAUUAGGUGACAAGUACGUGGUGGUUGAAAACCAAGAAUUUGCUGAUCUCACGGAUUUCGAGAAUCCGGCAUUCAGAUACUCACUAUGA